AAUUAAGAGGUGAAUUUUUACAUGGCAUGGAGACCAGUGCUGAAAUCUUGCCAGCGGUAGGAUGUAAAAGUUAAUGGAAGGUGGAAUAGUUUCAACACACAACUUCAAGCCCCUAACCAUGUGGCUCUACCUGGCUGCCCUCUUGGGGCUUUACUUCCUUUACCGAUGGUACCGGGAGAGGCAGACCGUGGAGAACCUCAGAGAGAAAUAUGUCUUCAUCACCGGCUGUGAUUCUGGCUUUGGGAACAAGCUGGCCAGACAGCUGGAUGCCCGGGGCCUGCGUGUGUUGGCGGCCUGUCUCACUCAGAAGGGGGCAGAACAGCUGGAGAAGGCCACAUCAGAGAGGCUGAAAGCCACCAUUCUGGACGUCACCAGCACAGAGAGUGUUGCAGCAGCGACCAAAUGGGUGAAAUCGUGCAUAGGGAACGAAGGGCUCUGGGGCUUGGUAAACAAUGCAGGCAUAGGUGUCCCAUCUGGUCCCAAUGAAUGGAUGACCAAGGAUGACUUUGCAAAGGUGAUCAACAUCAAUCUACUUGGGCUGAUCGACGUGACACUGCACCUGCUGCCCCUUGUGAGACAAGCCAGAGGGAGGGUGGUCAAUAUAUCCAGUGUGAUGGGAAGAGUGGCGUUCUAUGGAGGAGGAUACUGCCCGUCCAAGUUUGGAGUGGAGGCCUUCUCUGACAGUCUGAGGCGUGAGCUCCUCCCUUUCGGAGUCAAAGUCAGCAUUGUUGGGCCUGGUAGUUUCAUUACACCCAUUCUGCUAAAUGUGGAAGAGUAUUUCAGCAUUCUGUGGCACCAGACAUCUUCUGACAUCAGAGAGUCCUAUGGGCAACAGUACUUUGAAAAGCUUUGCAAACUUUAUCUAAGCACCAUGAUGACAGCCGCCGGGGACAACCUCACCCUGGUCACUGCCUGCAUGGAACAUGCCCUGCUGUCCCGCUACCCUCGCACUCGCUACUCUCCAGGCUGGGAUGCAAAGCUCUUCUUCAUUCCUUUCUCCUACUUGCCAACCUGUGUGCAAGACUUCUUGAUGAGCUUGCCUUGGCCAAAGCCAGCAGAGGCAAUGUAGGUUAUUUUGCAGAAAUAGUGAGCUUUUCUACAAAGGUAUUUAUUGAUUCCUCUGUAACCUGCAGGUAGUUACACAAAAAUCAUUGAUCUCCGGGAGCUGUUCUGUUCUUUGAAGCUAUUAUAACUUUUGGGAGGGGAGGUUUCAAAUGGGGAAAGUCUGGCACUUCCCUGAAUGAAGGGUACAUGUGCACAAGUCCUCUAUCAGACAGCACCACCUAGUGGUUGAGUAAUGGAGUGCAUAGAGAGGCAGAGAAAGAAAAACUGUGGGGUGGGGGGAGAAAUGUAGCCUGGUACAAGUUCUGUUUCGAAGUUCUUCGUCAGUAGGAUGCAAACUGGUUCACAAAAGGAACCACGGCUAUACAUUUAGAGUGGAAUCCUCCAAGGUAUAUCACCAUAUCAUUUUAAAGCCUUCAAGCCAUCAGGAAAUUGAGAGCAUUACCUGACGGCUUAAAGACUUUAAAAUGAUAUGGUGAUAAACCUUGGAGGAUUCCACUCUAAAUGUAUAGCCGUGGUUCCUUUUGUGAACCAGUUUGCAUCCUACUGAACUUGACGCAAUACACUAGAUGAGGCCUAACCAGGGCCGAAUAGAGGGGAACCAGUAGCUCGUGCAAUUUGGAAGCUAUACUUCUAUUAAUGCAGCCCAAAAUAGCAUUGGCAGAUAUAAUAAGAUCCCUGUUCAAGAGCGAAUAUGCCCUUGUGACAUGGGAAGUGUGAAAACUGAAGCCCAUGUAUUACUCCAUUGUCCUUUUUACCGUGACCUACGCAAAGAUCUUAUUACCCCAAUUAUCUUUAAAAAAAACCAGGGAGAUAUGAAGCAUUUUAUUUAAAAUACCUAUUAUCACAUCAGAAUCCCCUGAUUACACUCAAUGUAGCACGAUUCUGUGCAUCUGCUAUCAACUGCAGAAAAAUCAUGGUAAAUCAAGGAUAGUAAUCACCCCUUUAUAGAGGCACCAUUUCUAUUACGCUUAUGACAUCAUGUGAUUCAGAUACAUAAAUUUUACUGUUUUAACUCUGUAUUUUAAUCUUAUAUCAACUUUGCUAUGUGGUUUUAUCCUGGUUGUGCUUUUUAUACUGUAUUUCGUAAUUGUGUUUUAACUUGUUUA